AAUAUAAUUUGGGAUUAUUUAGGGUAUUAGAAAACGACUGAUUCUUUUCUUGGCAAAUGCAUAAAAAAUGUCGGAUAAACAAUUAUUAAAUGUCUGACCAAACAGCAAAUAAAAUUCAAGCUAGCAUUUUAAAUGUUGCUUAUUAAAAAGCCAUUAAUAUAACAUUGGAGCGAACAGAAAGAAAAGUUAAGAAAAUACAGUGGGUGGCAAAAACAACAUUUUGGGUGAUUUGUUAAAUCAAAAUAUAUCCAGAAUUAUGGUGUCGCCACAAAGCCUACGUUUUGGCUAUUUGGGUCUAAUAGUAGUUGGCGUACUCUGUGCUUCGGUCCAUGCUGGCACUUCCACUGAAAAUGAGGACGAGUAUCUAAUACAACGAGAGUAUAUUUUAGAAAAGUCGUACCAUGGAUUGAUUCGGGAAAAUGAGACUCUAGUGGAAAUUACGCCGUUGAUUAAUGUUGACGAAGAGAAAAUUUGCAGCUUUCGCAUUGUAAAGAAGCCAUAUCAUGAAAUUCCAUUCCAGAUUGAGUUGGUCAACAAUCUUGGGAUACUUAAAGCACGCCACACACUCAAUUGUGAAAAGCGUAAAAGUUAUCAUUUUGAGAUUGUUGCCAUAUACUGCGACGGAACGCCAUCGAACUCGGCCAACGUUCAUAUCACAGUGAUCGAUAUCAAUGAGUAUGCUCCGACCUUUUUACAGCCAUCAUAUGUCACCGAAGUCGACGAGGGUAAACUUUAUAAUGAGAUUAUUCGUGUCGAAGCCGCAGACAAAGAUUGCACUCCACUCUUUGGAGAUGUUUGCAAAUAUGAAAUAUUAAAUAGUGAUGAGCCGUUCACAAUUGACAAUGAGGGCUCGAUCAAAAACACAGAACCACUCUCACAUAAGAUUUCUCACAAUCACAUUUUAUCCGUCGUGGCAUACGAUUGUGCUAUGAAGGAGUCCGUCCCCAUUAUGGUCAGCAUUAAGGUGCGACGUGUGUGCGAUGCCAAGUUCUUGGGCAUACCAGAGCGCAUUGAUUACACUUCCGGUAGCACCGAGAGUUUGCAACUGUUUCCAAAUGCUCGACUGGAUUUGUGCAAUAUAUUGUGUAAACCUGAUGAUCUCAACAUUCACGCAGUGGUUACCCUUAAGACCAAGCACAUAUCAUUUGGCUGCGAUCGGGAUAUAUCAAACUGUUCGGCGAAUAAAAACUUAAGGGAUCUUUUGCCCCGUGACGCCGAAUGGACGAAAGACUUGAGCUAUGACGAGGGCCCCGAGUCGAUCUUCCAUUUUGAUGGGUCAGCUGGCGUAGUUGUACCCGAUGGGCUUAUUGAACACCGAGACUUUUCGCUGAAGCAAUUUAGUAUUGUGACCAUCUUUCGCCAUGGCACUCAGAGCUCGAUGAACAAACAUGUAAAAGAGCAUAUAGUCUGUAACGCUGACGAUCAUAAAAUGAAUCGCCAUCAUAUGGCAUUAUUCGUACGCAACUGUCGACUUAUUCUACUGUUGCGGAAGAAUUUCAAUGACGGUGAUCUAAACAUAUUUAGUCCGGCGGAAUGGAGGUGGAAAAUAUCGCAGGUCUGCGACAAUGAAUGGCAUUACUAUGUAAUCAACGUGUACCAAUCGUCCAAGGUAGAGCUGUUUAUUGAUGGCGUACAGUUUGAAAGCUCUGUUGAGGACCGUCACGCCAAUCCAGAAGUCAUUGAUGAUUGGCCCCUGCAUGCGGCACAUGGAGUUAACACCACACUGGCGGUAGGAGCCUGUUAUCAGAGUUCAGAAAAUCGUCUAAAGCACGGAUUCAAUGGUGACAUAUCGGAAGUAAAGCUAUCUCUUAACGGUAUACUCUCUGUUGAGGAUAUUAAAUGUGGAACGAGCUGUGCUGAACAUUUGCUUCCAUCGACGGAAUUGCAACUUGAGCAGCAAGCAGAGCAAGAGUCGACAGAUUUUCAAGUGCAGGUCAAUGCAAAAAUGAACGAAAUAUAUAUUGAGACGCAAAGCAAGCACAAUAUAGAGCAAUUAAUGCGUAAAAUUCAAUACAUUAAUAUUAAAAAAAGUCCCACAAUAGGACGUAGAAACAUUGAGGUUCGUACGACAAUGCUCUGCACAAAUCAGAGUGCCAUACGCUUACCCACAAUCGAGACAUAUGUCAUGGUAAAUGAUCCCAUUCAGCCAGCCACAAUGCCAGGUGAUAAAAUGGUCGAGGAUACCGCUACUCUGUACACGAUUGAAAAUCUCAGACCUCAAGCUCAGGGCGAACAGCGUACAUCGAAGUCUUCGCAUACCGCAACAAAGAUUGCAAUUUCCGGAACCCAAAAUAAAUUGGUUUCUUACCAAGAAAUCAAAUUUGGCGUGCAUAUCUUGGACAAAGUUCACAUUGGCCUCUCUAUCGAUGACGAUAAAAGCAAUGGGAUCCAUAAAGAGAAUCUCGAUUCGUGCAGUGUAAUUGUAUUUCCAUCUUUAAACCCGGAUCAUGAGGAAAUUCAAAUAGAUGGCGAUGAGUCGUUGUCAUCCACAAUGGACAUCAAAACAAAUAUUAACAAGGAUGGCGUUGAAAUGAUCGGAUCCGAUUCAGUUCGCAGCUAUCUCAGCGUAUUGCGUGCUUUAGUCUAUAGCAAUAAGAAACCGGCGUAUUAUCUAAACCGUGUAUUCAAGCUAUCCUGUUCGCAGCUUUACGCACAAUAUAAGAGUGUUGAAUAUACACUCACAUUGACCGUCCUGCAUCCGAAGCAGUCGUCGAAGACAACAAAUCCACCAUCAUCAUCCAUAGCCGUGACUAAUGCCGAAGGUAACGACAAUUUUCUAUCGAAUUAUCACAACGGGCGUGGGCUAAGCGAAAGUGGGGAUAAAGGAGCACCAGAUACGAAAUUUUUUUCAAACUCUUUACUUCAUAUCAAUGAUGUACAGGAGCCUAAAUCUCAUGUACACUCCAUCGUGCACAAAGCUGAGGCGUCGCAUCCAACAAUGCUGAUCAUCUUAAUAUGCGUUUUUCUCGUUAUCUUACUCUGUGGUAUUUCCAUUGCAAGGCUAAAAAAUAACCAAAAAUACACAGACCAACAUCAGCCAUGCCCCAAGGUGGCUGAUGAAGGCUUAAUAUGGGAUGAUUCUGCAUUGACCAUUACCAUUAAUCCAAUGCAAACCGAUGGCGCAUCGGAGGAAAGUUCGGAUUCGGAUAAUACUGAUUCUGAAGAUGAAGACGUAAUUAAAGAUGGAUUUGCCCAUAUCAACCAGCUUGAGUGGGACAACACCAACAUGUUUUCAUCGGGGAACUAAAAUGGAUAUGUGUGUGUCGUUUAUCAAUAAAAGUUAAAAUUAAUUAUAUGUAAAUGUGCUUUUAAUAUAUGAAUUACACAAUUAUAAUACUAAAGUAAUCCGCAAAACAUCCAUGAAUAUAUACUUAUAAAUAGAUACUUCAAUUGAAAAUAUAAGUAUGUAUGUUAUAUGCAUAUAAGUAAUGGCAAAAAGUAUAUAUCCAUAGGUUAUCGUACCAAGGUUACGUUCGAAUUAUACAUACAUGCUUAUAUACUUCAACUGUAAUUAACAUAUAGUACAAUUAUACCCCGGCAUCGCUCCAGAACCAGCGUAAUCGCAACGCAUAUACUUAAUACAUAUAAGAAUAAAAAUUGUUCGCUUUAUAUGUAUACCCUUGCAAAUGAUUGAAAUCUGUACUUUUACACAUACAUACAUACAAAUAUGCUGUCAGAGACACAGAUACUCGUAGUAAAUAGGUGGUACUUCCGUCCCCAUAAUAUAAGUCUAAUCUUCUAUUUUUAUUUACGAUCAUAUUCACUACUCAUCUGUCUGCAAAUC